AUCUGCAAAACGAAGUCGUUUCGCUACUGUUAAGAUUCUCCCCCGUCAUAUAAACCCUAAGUUAAAUCUUCUUCUCUCGCGCCUCGACUCUACCCAUAACUCCGGCAUCAACACCGUCGCAGCUUCCGGCAUCAACACCGUCGCAGCUUCCGGCAUCAACACCAUCGCAGCUUCCGGCAUCAACACCGUCGCAGCUUCCGGCAUCAACACCGUCGCAGCUUCCGGCAUCGCCACCUGAAUUCCAUCACAACUCACACACCUUCAACAACCUCCUCCUCCGCAUUCUCAUUUUCAACCAUAUAAACACAGAAGAAGUAGAAGAAGAAAAAUGGAGGUUCCCGAGAAAAAUAACGAGAUUGACGCGACAACAGUUCCAUCGAAUGAAGAGAAGACGGAGUUGGAAUCGAAAUUGAAAUUGAAGAAGAAAUUGAAGAUGAAGAAGAAGCUGGAGAAGGAAACAGAGAAAGCUCAAAAGCGUGGUGUUUGCUAUUUGAGUCGCAUUCCCCCUCAUAUGGAUCAUGUUAAGCUUCGUCAAAUUCUAUCUCAAUUUGGGGAUAUUCAAAGGAUUUUUCUCGCUCCUCAAGAGUCUUCUGCCAGAGUGCAAUUUAAGAGGGCACGUGCAUCUCAAAACCAAGCUUAUUCAGAAGGAUGGGUUGAAUUCGCCAAUAAAUUUGUUGCCAAGAGGGUUGCCAAUAAUUUAAAUGGUGAACAGAUAGGGGGAAGGAAGAGGUCAUCUUUCUACUAUGACCUUUGGAAUAUUAAGUACUUAAGCAAGUUCAAGUGGGAUGAUCUAACUGAAGAAUUAGCCUUCAAGAGAGCUACUCGGGAGCAAAAAGUGGCAUUGGAACUUUCUGCUGCCAAGAAAGAGAGGGAUUUCUAUAUGUCCAAAGUUGAUCAGUCACGUGCUUCGAAUGCUAUUGAGGAGAGGCUAAAGAAGAAGCAGAAGGUUCAACAAGACUCAGUACAAGUGGAAAAAGUGAUUCGGCAUUUCCCUCAAACAAAACCUAUUGCUGCUGAUGCUAAACAAAGUAAACCUGAACUGACAGAUGAUUUUCUAGAUGCAGUAUUUGGCGGCUCAUAAUGCUGUAUUGAUAUGCCUACAACAUAUGGGUGAUGCUACCUUGAUGUAUUUAUUCAUUUACAGUUUAUCUAGAAAAUAUUUUACUUUUUUAUUCAGGUUUUGAAACUGGAAAUCAAAGUAAUAUGUAUACAUAACAGGCAAUUUUGUCAACGUGAGUUGAAAAUUUUAAACUGGGCAAAACCUGGUUUUCCAUGCCUUGAUUUUGCCCCUGUUACAAAAUACUAUCAAGUUAUGAACUGUAAACCUUAAAAUCUUGUGGUCCACAGUACGGAUACUCUGGUUUAACUA